AUGUACAAUGCACCCAGAAAGCUACACCCAGACAAAGAGAGAGACAAGACCAAGUAUUGCAGAUUCCAUGAAGGAUAUGGCCACGACACAGAUAGAUGCUGGGACUUGAAACGGGAGAUAGAACAGCUGAUCCAGUCAGGAGUAUUGAAGAAGUUUGUACGCACAGAAGGAAGUGCAGAAAAAAGGAAACCAGAACAUGUGGAAAAAGAAGAGGCAAACAAAAGAUUCAAAGAACCCAUGGGCGUGAUCAACAUGAUAGAAGGGGGGGAACCAUAUUCAAAGGCACAGAAGAAGAAGAUACGUAAGGGCGUGUACUCGAUAAGCACUAGAGCAUCCGCAGAGGAGCUGCCGUUAGUCACCUUUGGACCAGAAGAUGGGAGGCAUGUGCAGGAACCGCACAACGACGCGCUAGUAAUCAAAGCAUUGAUUAACAAUUUUAGAGUAAUGAGGAUCCUGGUGAACGAAGGAAGCGCAAUUAACCUCCUUACCUUGCAAGUCUUUAGGGGGAUAAGGGGAUCGGUAACGGAUCUCAGACAGGUUUCCGUGCCGUUGGUUGGCUUAGGAGGAAAGCCUAUCAGACCGGAAGGGAUGGUAGAGCUGGAGAUAAUUCUGGGAGAAGCAGAAGAAGGGCCACUGAAGACCAUGACAGCAGUUUUUAAUGUAGUGGAUAUCCCUUUGGCAUACAACGCCAUUUUGGGAAGGCCUUUCCUGUACCAGUGUGGCGCAGUGACCAGCAUCAGAUGGCUGACACUUAAAAUUCCGGACGAAGAAGGGAUAGUAACCGUAGAAGGGAGCCAGUUAGCCGCACGAUAA